AUGAUGCAACCAGGUAUGUUCAGAUACAGAUUCGGGGGUCCGGGACUCCCUGAGUGGGAGAUGAGUGACUAUGAGUGCGUUUACUUUGUGACGGUGCAUUUCCACGAGAGAUACAGGACGUAUUCCAGCGAAAAGCUCAUGCAAAGUAUGAUCCGUCGAAUCAAGGAUGGGAAGGCCGAGGUCAGCCUUAAGCCUCUCCAUCGCCUCACUCCGCGGUGUAUCUCAAUGCCAGUUUAUGGGCCCUAUGACGCCCCGAGUGCUGUCGUUCUUGCAACCGCUAGAGAAGUUGCAGAGGCGCGCUUGAAUGAAAUUCACCAAGGGUUCGUGGAGAUCGACAUGGAUCUUCUUUUCGGCCGUGAACAUUAG